AUGGCGUCCACGUCGUCUCUCUCGGAAUCCGUCACGGACGCCGCCGCCCGCACCGUCGAUGCGCCGCGUCUCUUCGCCGCCGACGCACAAACGAGCGGUCGAGUUCCGAACGUCUUCUGGCGCGCCGUCGCCCUAGACGACCUUCGCUCGUGCGUCUCGUUCGUGGGACUUCCCGAGGAGUCUCGCAUCGUCAUCGCUGGUCGACGAUCGUUCGCCAGCGUGCGACAAGGGACAGCACUGUGGGACGCGCUGCACGACGGACGGCUCACCACUGGGUUGCUGAAGAACGCGCUCGGGUUCUGCGAACCGGCGUGCGAUCGACGCGCGCUCGGAAUGAGUUCAAGGGGCCACGGGGGUGGAAUCUCAAGCGUCGUGAGUCGAUUGCGACGGGAGCGAGUGGGUGUGGAUGACGUGGACGCAGCGCUCGCGUCGGAGGCGGCGCGGGCAAACGCCGAGGCGACGGAGACGUUUAAUCGGGAACGGGCGAGCGCGGCGAGGGCAGCCAGUGCGGCGGAGUGCGACUCGGACGACGCGGCCGUUGAGAUAACCGCGGACGCUUCGAUGUCCGUUGGAUCCGCGGCGUCUGCGAUGGAUAUCAUGUUGGCGUCGCUCCUGGUGAAACCAGCGACGCCAAAAUCGUCGAAGGGGAAAAAGAAGAAAAAUGGGAAAAGCAAGAAACGGAAUAGUAAGAGAAACCGCGCCGUAGGCGACGACGCAGCGAUGCUUACGAACGCACAGUACUGUCGCGCGUUAGCCAAAGGCGGAGAGAUGGCGAUUCGCUUGGCGUGGGGGAGCGAGCAGGAAGCGUCGACAUUGUGCUCGUUGAUGUGCCACUUCACAGGAUCAACCGUAUACGAAGCCGGGCUGUGCAUGCUCGAUCCUGCGGAUAUUCCCAGUGACUGGAACGUCGGUCCGUUGCCGCCUGUGGGGGCAAGUCCGGACGGUCUGAUUACGCUCGCCUCCGGCGAACGUUUCGCCGUUGAGGUGAAGAAUUCGUCACCGUUCAGAGAAAUGCCGGGAUCAUACGUCAUCGCCGAUCGGGAACCUUACGACAAACCACCUGCAUAUCACAUGGCUCAGGUCCAGUUGGAGAUGAUUUGCACGAACACUCGUUCAGCUUUAUUGGCGAUGCAGAGCAUGACGUAUGGUAUUCGGGUCUUUCGCGUCGAACGCGACGACGCAUUUGUAGCGAGCAUGCUCCGACGGAUUUCUCGGCUGUACGCUUCGUACAUUCUCAAAGAUCGCGAACCUCCCACGAAUUGGGAGAUUCACUCAGCCGAUCACAAGAGCAUGGUUCGUUCAGCCGUCCGCUUGGCUCGCGAAGCGACGGUUUUCUGUCACGUCCCGACGGGCUUGUUGCCGGAUUCGAUUGUUGUAGACGAGCGACCUUUCAUCGCGUGA